AUGGAUGUCCCAUCACGGUAUUCAUUUAUUUCUGGAUGUAUCUUUGUAGCGCGGUUAUUGGGUUAUGGUAUCUGUCGUGUUCUCAACGUUAGGUGGCCAUUAACCACAUCCUUUGUCAACAGACACCUCAUCUAUCCGCACAUCCUUCCCCGUAACUCGUUCAUAGGGACAGCGACGCGAUUUCAGGUCUUAAUUGUAUCUCUCUACCUCGUCGCCAACACUCUCAUUGUUGUCAUCGGGGGGCCAAGAGCCCAGAUGAGCUCACGCGCGUCUACCAUGUCAAUCAUCAACCUAAUUCCGCUCCUCUGUGGCUCGCGACUUAGCCUUGUGACAAAAUUGGCCGGAAUUUCACUUCGUGCCAGUAUUGGCUCUCAUCAGUGGUUCGGCAGGACCGCGAUCGCACAGAUGUUGUUGCAUACGGCCAUCUCAUUGACAGGAAGUUCUCCGUUCACAUGGACAGCGAGUAAUAUCAAUGGGGCUGUGGUCUCUGCUUCCGGAUUCAUAUUUCUCCUCUCGAUUUGCAUUGUGAGGCGUGUGCUGUAUGAAUGGUUCUUGAAUUCGCAUCUGCUCUUAUCUGUGGUGGUUUUGAUAGCCAUCUGGCGCCACAUAUCUUCGAAGAAACCGGCGGAGUUGUUCUUAAGGAUUGGCAUGUAUCUGUGGACCAUCGUGACGACCGUUCACUGGAUUUUGUUUGCAAAGAGGAACUUUGUCUUUGGUCGACCAUUCGCAACAGCCGUGGCGGUGAGGCAUUACGGCAAGUCGAAUCGGUUACUAGUUGAUCCGUCACACGUAUUGCAGGUGGACAUUACCGUCCCGAGGCCGUGGCGUGUUGAGGCUGGCCAGUCCGUUUUCCUCUCAAUCCCCAAACUUGGCAUUUUCACCGGGCUUCGCGGCCACCCUUUCACGAUUUGCUGGUGGGAGCGGGACCGGAAAGGCUUGACAAUAUCUCUCUUGGUGAAGCCGAGGGCGGGUUUUACUGCGGAGCUCGACAGACAUGCGAAUAGAAAACUCCUCGCGUUCAUUGAUGGGCCGUAUGGCGUCCGAUAUGACUUCGGACAGUACGGGACGGUAAUUAUGUUUGCGACGGGGAUCGGCAUUGCGGGCCUCAUACCAUAUAUCAAGGAUCUGAUUAGUGGAUAUAAUAACUGCGCGGUGAAGACGCAUCGCAUCCGACUAGUUUGGGAGAUCAAAGAGCAAUGUCAAGAGGAUUGGGUGAAACAUUGGAUGGACGAGCUCUUGGCCAGCGACACAGGAUACGUACAACAUCCCGUGUCCAAUGCAUGA